GAUUGAGUAAUAAGCAUGUUCUUUCCUUCAAUUCUCAUAGCAUCAUCAUUGCCAAAUACUAAUUUUCAGGGGGUUAUGAUAUGGAAGCAAAGGCUGCAAGAGCUUAUGAUUUAGCUGCACUCAAGUAUUGGGGCCCUUCGACCCAUAUCAAUUUUCCGCUGGAAAACUAUCAACAAGAACUUGAACAUAUGAAGAACAUGACCAGACAAGAAUAUGUUGCUCACUUAAGAAGAAAAAGCAGUGGCUUCUCAAGGGGUGCUUCAAUGUACAGAGGAGUCACAAGACAUCAUCAACAUGGACGCUGGCAAGCUCGAAUAGGCAGAGUUGCAGGAAACAAGGACCUUUAUCUAGGGACAUUCAGUGAGUUCCUUUGCAUCUUCUCAAUUUAUUUGGGCAAAAACUUAAAAUUGAAUAAAUAGAUGAUGGAUAUUGAC